AUUAAUGAAAUCCCAAUAACGACCCCAUCACCGACUUUCAACCCCCCUCUUUCUCUCUUCGUCAAAAUUUCUGAGCAAAGACACAGAGAUUUGCUUUUGAAUCUCCCAAAAACCCUAUGCGGAGAUAGGGUUAUUGGAGUAAAAAGUGGAUCAAUAUUUUUAAUAUGGCAUUUUCAUGGCGUUUAAUCGGACUGUGCAUUCUUCUUCUAUCAUCAAUCGCUACCGGCGAUGAUGAUAUCUCACGCGCCGCCCCUGCAAAUUCCUCAACCUCCUGCAACAAUCCUUAUCGAUUGGUUCUGGUAAAGUUGUGGAUUGAUGGUGCUGAGCAUGAACAAAUGGGUGGCUUAAGUGCGGCAUUUGGGUCUCUUUUACCUACUAAUAUUAAAAAUACCCCCAGACUGCCUGCUACAUAUACAAAACCCUUGAAUGGCUGUUCUAGUUCCUCUUCUAAGUUAUCAGGGUCUAUUGCACUAGCUCUUCGCGGUCAAUGUGAUUUUCUAACGAAGGCUGCGGUUGCACAAGCAGGAGGUGCUGCAGGGAUUGUGAUGAUAAAUGAUCAAGAAGAUCUUUUGGAGAUUACUUGUCCCGACAAUUCUACGGUAUCAAACAUAACAAUUCCUGUUGUGACCAUUUCAAAAGCCGGAGGAGAUGUCAUUGACAAAUAUAUCUCUUCGGGAAAGAAAGUGGAGAUUCUGUUGUAUUCGCCAGAUCGCCCCAUUGUGGACUACUCAGCCAUGUUCAUAUGGCUGAUGGCUGUUGGCACAAUUUUUUGUGCAUCCUUUUGGUCGGAGCUUACUGCAUCUGAGGAAAGCAAUGACUAUGAACAGGCACCAGAGGUACAUGCUGGAGGCGCCAGGGAGGAAGAUGACAAGGAAAUUCUUAAUAUCACUACAAAGAGUGCUUUCAUAUUUGUCAUCUCAGCAUCUACGUUUCUGCUGCUACUCUACUUUUUCAUGUCGGCUUGGUUUGUCUGGCUGCUGAUAAUACUUUUCUCUAUUGGUGGAGUUGAGGGAAUGCAUAGCUGUAUAAUAUCCCUGGUAUCAAGCAAAUGUAAAGGUUGUGGAAGGAAGACGUUGAAUUUGCCGCUUCUUGGGGAAGUUUCUAUUCUAUCUCUUGUGGUCUUGAUAAUGUGCGUGGCAUUUGCCAUCUUCUGGGCAGCAACUAGGAAAGCAUCAUACUCUUGGAUUGGCCAAGAUAUUCUAGGAAUUUGUUUGAUGAUAACUGUUCUGCAGUUGGCUCAGUUGCCUAAUAUAAAGGUUGCUACAGUGCUUCUGUGUUGUGCAUUUCUCUACGACAUCUUCUGGGUUUUCCUUUCACCUGCUAUAUUCCAUGACAGCGUAAUGAUUGCUGUUGCCCGUGGUGACAAAGCUGGCGGAGAAUCCAUCCCAAUGCUUCUGAGAGUUCCUCGAGUUUCAGAUCCUUACGGUGGCUAUGAUAUGAUUGGCUUUGGGGAUAUUCUCUUUCCUGGUUUGCUGGUUUGUUUUGCUUUUAGAUUUGACAAAGCUAGAAGGAAGGGUGUACUAAAUGGAUACUACCUCUGGAUGAUAGUUGGUUAUGGAAUUGGUCUUUUAUUCACGUACUUAGGUUUGUAUCUAAUGAAUGGACAUGGUCAACCUGCUCUUCUAUAUCUCGUGCCCUGCACGCUAGGAACUUAUGUGGUGCUGGGAUUGGUGAGGGGCGAACUUAAAGACCUAUGGAACUACGACAGUGAAUCAACAAAAGUUGCAGACUCACUAUUGGAAGACGCUUGAUAGAUGAGAGAAUUAAACAUUAAAUCUACAGACCCUGAUAGUCGGGAGAAGAAAUAUUAAAUCUACAAGCACAAGCCGUUGGUGUAUUCUUUCCAUGCUAUUUGUAUUAAGCUGUUCAUAAAACUUAAAACUUUAUUCAGGAAAUUCUUGGCUGUGUUUCAUAUGUAUAUUUUCGUUUGCGACAAUGUUUUUCUUUCAACUUUAGUUUCCACUGCAGCUGUUCUUGAUUAGUAUGUAACAAUAUCACAGCAAUCAUACAAAAGAAAAGUUAUAAUGUAACAGAUUUAGUAGUCAAAA